AUGUAUUGCCAGAAGUGCCGGACGUCAUUGAAGUUGGAUGGCUCACUCGAGUCGCUCAAUCCAGCUGCGUUUGAGCUACUCGUCAACUCCACAGGCAGAACACUAUCGGACCAUGGCGCUGCAUCAUCCGCAAGUCGAACAUCCUACCCCUCCGAACGACGGGAACUCUACGAUCGAACCACAAAAAAUGCUACGCCACCAGUUUACAGGAGAUCUAUCCCUGGCCCUCGGUCGGGGGGUCAGAGUAACCCUCCAGGGUUGCCUCGCGGAGAUAGCGGCAACAUGUCGUUCGUGAUGCUUACGGAGUCGCAAUUUGUGCCCCCGGCUGUCGAGAAUCUACCCACUCGCCCCAAGCGCAAAAGUACUGGACAGACCCAGGAUCAUGCCCAGGAGGAAGGGUCUUUUGCCAACCAAGUGGAACGAGCCACCCGUCUCUUUGAGAUUGUGUCAGCACGCUCGGAUAUUGACCAUCCGAUAUGUGUCGAGUGUACUGAGAUGCUCGUUGAAGGACUACAGAAACGUCUCACCGGGGCUACAAAAGAGCGCGACGCCUACAUCUCUUUCCUUCGGAGCUUAAACGCCUCCGUGCCGACCGCGGACGAGCUAGCAUCCGCUGAGAAAUCGCUGAAAGAAAGCCUCGAAGCAGAGAAAGCGGCCUUUGCGGAGCUAGAAGACUUGGAACGAGAAAAGGCUGAACUUGACAAAGAGAUUGCGGGUCUUGAGGAAGAGUCCCAGCAACUAGAUGCCGACGAAGAAACAUUCUGGCGGGCCCGCAACGCCUUUGCCUUGACACUGGCUGAGUUUCAAACCGAGCGCGAUGCGCUCAAUAUGCGUUACGACCACGACUCGCAGCAGCUAGAGCGACUGCAACGGACAAAUGUUUACAAUGACGCGUUUUGCAUCGGUCAUGAUGGAUAUUUUGGGACUAUUAAUGGCCUGCGUCUAGGCCGUCUGGCUAACCCCUCGGUUGAGUGGCCCGAGAUCAAUGCCGCUUGGGGCCAGACCUGCCUACUCUUGUCAACGAUCGCAGAGCGCCUCGGGUUUCAAUUCCAGGGCUAUAGAUUGAAACCACUGGGGUCCACCUCUCGGAUCGACAAGAUUGAGUAUCCCGUGCACCCAACCGGGCCAUCUGCCAGUGAUCGAGUUGCGCCCAAGAUUACCCAACUAGACCUGUUUUCAUCCGGGGAUCUUCCUCUCAAUCUCCCUUGGCUGCAUCGACGCUUUGACGCUGGCAUGGUGGCGUUCCUCGAAUGUCUCCGCCAGCUGGGGCAGUUCGUCGAAUCGACGCCCGCCGCAGUAGCAUCCCCUCGUCGUGGACAGACUAGCGCCACCGCCCCCGGGCUUCGACUGCCCUAUGAAAUCCAGCGCGACCGUAUCGGGGAUGCCAGCAUUAAGCUCGGAUUUAAUCAGAAUGACGAGACUUGGACUCGCGCCUGCAAAUACACUUUGACGUGCUGCAAGUUCCUGUUAGCGCAUGCGAGCAACGUUGCCAGCGCAGGAUCGAACAACUCCGCUGUCGCGGCUGCAGCCGUGGCAGCUGCUGAGACUCGACCCAGUCCCGCCAAGAGCCGACCCUGA